AAACGGCAGACGUAGAAUAGUCAAAUUCGGACAGCUAUGGAAGCUUCUCACCUUCCUCGAGCCCCACGAACCCCGCGAAGGUCUUCCCUGCGACACAGAGAUUGACCCACCAUCUCAUGGCCAUCCUUCGUGGCGAAGAUUCAUGAUGAACGGGGAGAUCCUAGGCAAUAAGAUCAGUUAGAGAGAGAAAGAGAGAGAGAGAGGGAUGGAGAUGGAGAGCCAGAAGCUCAUGGAGGCGGUCCAGAACGGCGACGUCUCGGCCGCCGUGGACCUCCUCGACCAAGACCCUCUCCUCCUCGACAGGAUCAUCGUCCUCGGCGUCUCCGACACGCCCCUCCACGCGGCCUCCGUGCUCGGCCACGCCGACCUCGUCCGGGAGCUGCUGCGCCGCGCCCCCCGGCUCGCCUCCGAGCAGGACUCCCGGGGCAACUCGCCGCUCCACCUGGCCGCCGGCAAGGGCCACGGCGAGAUCGUGGGCGAGCUCCUGUCGGCCGACCCGGCGGCGGCGUCGGCGCGGAACCUCGACGGGCGGGCGCCGAUCCACGUGGCGGCGAUCAAGGGCCGGGUCGACGCGGUGGGACGGAUGGUCGGGGCCGUCGGGGCCGGGGCGGCUCGCGAGGUGACCGACCGGGGCGAGACGGCGCUGCACUUGGCGGUGGCGAACGGGAAGACGGAGGUGGUGAGGGCGGUGGUCGGGGCGGUGGGCGGAAGUGACAGGGCGGAGCUGGUGAAUUGGAAGGACUGCGACGGGAAUAGCGUCUUGCACAUCGCCGUCGCCAAGAAGCAAAUUGAGACCAUUAAAUUCUUGCUUGCCAUCCCGGGAGUGAACAUAAACCUGAUCAACAAGAUUGGCUCAACCCCACUAGAUGUGCUUAAGCAGUCUCCAAGAGACCUCCAGGACAUGGAAAUCGAAGACUCUCUUCUAAAUGAGGGAGCUUUGAGAUCCAAGUCGAUCUACCCAUUUGACCGUGACUCAGAACAGAUACAGCUUCCUCAGCUUUCGCGCGAAGCGCCAACCUCUCCAUUACUCGUCUCAGAAAAAAGCCCUUCGAAGAAUAAACUGCCGGCAAGGAAAAGGGCAAAUGAGAUCAGCCAACAUAGAUCCUCCCUUAUGGUGGUUGCGUCGCUGAUUGCCACUGUGGCCUUCCAGGCUGCCAUCACCCCUCCAGGCGGUGUGUGGCAGAGUGAUUACACUGUCGACGAGAAUGGCAACCCCGUGAAGGAGCCUCAUAAUGCAGGGACUUCUAUAAUGGCCCACAACCAAAGAAAAGAGUACGGGCUCUUCUUCAUCUUCAACACCUUGGCCUUCCUCUCGUCCCUGAGCAUCAUCCUCCUGCUGGUGAGCGGGCUCCCCAUAAAGCGGCGCCGCUGGAUGUGGGUGCAAAUGGUGACCAUGUGGAUCGCCAUGACUGCGCAGGUGAUCACCUACUUCAUCGCGCUGAGGCACAUGACACUGGACAAAAGCGAAUCCGAUGUUCUCCCGGUGCUGAAGGACGUGACUGAGGUUGCAGUGCUUGCCUGGUUCUGCCUUAUGGGGGUGGUGUUCGUAGGGAACCUUGGGAGGGUGUGCCUGUAUUACCUGAGGAAGAAGGGUUAUAUCAAGAAGAAGAAGAAGAGAGCGGAGGAGGCAAGGGCUUUACCGGCCGAUGCGGAUGAAGAGGAAGGGCUGUGAAACUGAGCGAGUUAUAUUCAUAAAGAUGUACAUAGUGAGUAAUUCUGAAAUUUUUAUCUGAAUCUUUGGUGUCCAUAUGAUUCAAAAGGAAUCAUGUAGAAUAAUUUUUUUCUCUUCUGUGUCUUCUUCAAAAGUUUCCACUUCUGCAUUGUUUGUUGGUUAUACUUUUAUCAUCUCAUACUAAGAUAGAAAAUUUUGAAACUUUGCUCAACAGCUAUUGAAUUUACAAUGUCAAUCUGCUUGCAAUUUC